AAUAACGUUGUUGCUGUUUUUGCAUCGUUGUUUUAUUUUCUCCGUAUUUUUUUUCUAAUUUUCUUCAAGAAAAUUAAGAAUAAAAUUUUUACUUUUUUUCUAUAAAAAUAUUUUAUAAUCUACAGAUUUUAAUACAUUGAAGAUACUAAAAAGAAAUUUAAUUCGUAACAAUGUCUAUAGCCAAGGAGAAUUUAGAUGAGCGAAUCGAAAGAAUUAAAAGACAAACUGAAGAAAUAGAAAAAAAGCAUCGUGAAGCAGAAGAAGAUCGUUUAAUGGCUUUAAAAAUGAAUGCUUUAGUAACCAAAUCUACAUUGGAUGAUGAAAAUUGGCCAAAGGCACAUAAGUAUGACGAAUUAGAUUUUACUUACGAUGUUGACCCUGAAAAGUUGGAAGAAUCUAACAAAGCUAAAGAAGAAGAAAAGCUUAAACCUAAACGGGAUUAUAAGAAAUUUGCUGAAGGUGAAGGUCCACCUCCAGAUCCGAAAUACAAUUUUUUAGCUGAUAAUGAACGUGACGGCAAUAUUAAUCAGCAAAUUUUUCAUAAAAAUGAUAAAUCUAAGCAAACUUCAAACAGCAGCUACAGUAAUAAAAGCAAAGACCAGUUUAGCAAACGUGGUGGUAGUCAAAAUAACAGUUUUCGGGGUGGGCGCGGGAAUAAUUUUGGUAGUAGUAGCAAAAAUUCUUUACAACCGCAGUCGGCACCGUAUAAUCAAUUGCAAAAUCACAAGUUGCAAAAUAAAACCUCACAAUUAGAACAGUGGCGUAAUAAUAAUGAUAAAACUGUUGGGGAAGACAUUAAAGCUGGAAGUAAUCGCAAUCAAAAUCUAAAAAUUAAUGAAAAGUGGAAAAAAGAUUGGGAUACAGACAAAACAGAUAAAACAAAUUUUCUUCAUGAAUCGUAUAAUAGUAAUAGAAGUCCAAAACACACUGCCAUAAAAAAUAUCCCCAAUCAUCCAAAUCAACAAACAAAUGUUCAGCAAUCGAAUAACGUUUACAGUCAAGCUGAAUAUAUGAUAGAGAAAAGAGGAAAUAUUACCGUAUCUGUUUCUCAAACGGGGGAAGUAAAGAGCGUUAAAUUGUCAUCGGCACCAGCAAUAGGCACUGGCCGAGUCGGUCCUAGGCAGUUGUCUAAAACAAGUUUCCAGGUACAAACAAAAAUUUCACCUGAAAAUGAAAAUUUUCAAACGCAAUAUAAACAAAAUGUAAACAUAAAAACAAGCAAUGUUGAUAAUCCGGAGCUUAAUAAUAACAACACAUGCCAAAAUUUUUGUGGUUCUAGUAAUUUUGAAAAUAAAAAUGGAUCUCAAUCUAUAAAUUCUGAACUGCAAAACAUGGAAAUGCAAAAUUUGCUACAUCAGCAAAAACGAAUAAAGCAACAGCAACUAAUAUUACAGCAGCAGCAAUUACCACAACAACUCUUAACUCAGCAUCAGCAAAAUACACAAAUCAAAUAUGGAUCAAAUAACACAGAGGUGCCAAAACUUUCACAAAAUCAUUUACUUAAGCAAAGUAAACAAGAAUUACUUAUUCAAAAACAACGAGAACAAUUGCAACAACAACAACAGUUGCAGCAGGCUGAACAACAACAGUUAAUUUUGCAACGAAAAAAGGAUCAGCAACUACAACUUUCAUUACUUGAACAGCAAAAUCAACAACAAGAUCAAUUAAAACAACAACUAUUAGUUCAGCAAUUGCAUCAACAACAACAAAAAGAGCUAAUGCAGCAACGGCAAAGUCUAUUAAAGCAACAGAAACAUCAGCAACAGCAACAACAACAACAACAACAUCAACAACAACAACAGCAACUAAAGCAACAUCAUAAUCAACAAUCUCAAUCUUUAGGAACCUCGAUAUGUGAAAGCAAUAAACAAACAAAUGAAUUUGAAAUGUCCAAUGCAAAGACACUAAUUACUAAAAGUCCUAAAAAGGAAAAAAAGAAUUUUAAAAAUAAUUUCACUCAAAAAACUGAAAUGCCAUCAAAAAUUAUGAAUUCUACUGUUGGUAUUUUGCAAAUACCGGAGGUUAAUAAUUCUCAAAAUAUCGGUGCUGCAAUAAUAGAUCCUAAAGUUUUAGAUACAGUAGCAAAAGAAUUAUCUACAAAACCAGAAUUCGCUAAAAAAAGUGUUCAAGACAGACUUUUACGAAUUCGCCAAAAUUCAAAUGUCGAAAACUCAGAUGGAACAACUGGUGGCAGUGAUUUAAGUUCCAAAAUGAAUUUAAAUUCUGCACCUGAAUUAACAGAAUCUGAGACCGUUUCUUGCAAAUGAGAAUAAUUAUAUUAAAGAAAUUAUUAAUUUUAAUUAACAAAGAAUUUAUAAUAUUGUUUCUUUAUUGUAAUAAGUUCGUGAUUUCUUUUAAUAUACAAUUGUAUAUCUUUAAUAUUUCGUUGAAAAUUUAAAAAUUUAAUUUAAAUAAAUAGAUAAAAAAAUUAUAAAACAAGUAAAAUAGUUAAAAGAAACUAACAAAAUUUAAUUAUUUAUCCAAAAUUUAAAAUUCGUAUUUCGGAAGAAUUGUUAUUUCGAAAAAAAAAAACAUAAAACAUUCAAUAUUAAAAAAGCACGGCUUAAAUUUUUUUUAUUAGCACUUAUUACUUUUACUUUGAUAUUUAGUCUGUAAAAUAUUUAAUUACAAAAAUUUUACAUAUAUUUAGAAAAUUUUCAAACUAAAUUUGAAUUAUAUUGGGAAAAGCAAAAAACAACACCAAUUAAGAUAUCAGAAUUGUUUCUACAAUUUGUAAUUAUUUGUAUUAUAUGAAAUAGACAAAAAAGUUUAAUAUUUUGAGGUAGAUUGAAAAUAAAAAGAAAAAAUAAAGUAAUUGGAAUCGUAUAAACAAUUCAGAAUUCUUUAAAAUUUUCCUAAUAUAACUAAUUGUAAAAUAUAAUUUAAAAAAUAAAAUAUAUUACAUUAAUGCUAAAUGAAAUUAUGAAUUUCUUUAAAAUUCCAACCUCGAAUUUUCUCAAGCAUUAUUUUGACAAAUUUAUUAAGAAAUGAUUUUUUCUAGUAUUAAAUAAAUACCAAUACAUAUUUAACUUUCUACCAUUAUUUUUUAACUAUUUGUUUUUUAAGUUAAGUAUUUUAUUCAGUCGUAUUUAAUAAUCAAAUGUAUAAUUUUGUUUUUUUAUAAGCUAUUUAUUUUACUUCAAACUGUUUUUAUUCAACUUUUGUUAACUAAAAGAUUAAAAGUUGAUGGUUAAUUACUGUAAUGUUAUAUUAUUUUUAUAUUUUGUAUUAAAAAAUGUUGUGAAUCAAUGUGUCAACAAUUCAGCAAUUUACAUGCUAUUCAAGCAAAUAAAAUAAAUAAAUUGUGAUUAUAAAUGAAACACAUUUUCAAAAGAUAGUAAAACUAAAUUGUCUCAAGGAUGUAAUAAAAUUUUAUUUUUAUUUUUUAUUUUUAAGAAAAUAUGUAUUUUUAUUGUUCAUAUUUUUUGGAUUUUUUUAUUUUCCGAAUUCAAAAAUUCAGAAUAUUUAUUAUGAUUACUUAAAAUUAUAUUGAAAUAAAUU